GAGAGUGGAGGGAGGGACCGGGAGAGGAAAAGGGAUGGUGAGAUGAGAAGGGGGACAGAAAGAAUGAAAUAGGGACAAGGAUGGGAGGAGAAGGAGGAGAAGAAGGGGGAGAGAGGAAAAAGGAGACAGGGAUAGAGAAAGAAGUCUGGGGACAGGGAAGUGAAGGGCUAAGAAAAUAUACUUAAAGGAUACCUAAAGGAUGAGGGCCUGGUAGGAGGAGAAAGAGAAAUUGGGAAAGAGAGGGGCAGAGUGCAAAAAUGAGGAAGUAGGGCAGAAACAAAGAAGAAAAGGGAUGGGGAGCAGGAAGGAAGCACAGCGGGAAAGAGGGAGGUGGAGGUAUUUGGAGAAAGAAAUAUAGAGAUGGGAAAUAGGACAGGUAAGAAGAUCCACAGGCCUCAAGCAUGCAGGCUGACUCCAGGAGCACUGCACGUCAGCACAGCCCCCAUCCUGGCUGAGUCCCUUGUCAGCAGGGCCAGAGGCUGGCAUUGCUCCCUCACCAGCAGAGGGAACCGUGCCCAGUGGUGCAGACCCCAGCACCCAAGGAGGGGAAAUCACGCUCUCAGCUGAGCUCUGGUGCGGUGCCCUACACCUCUAUGCUUGUGUUCCUCUUGUGUGGGGAAAGGACAGAGCAGGGGCUGAAGGAUCAGAGCCUGAGCCUUUGGGUGAAAUAUCGGGUCCACUCUGGCUAGCUAUGGACUCUUGCCCACAUGGUGUUUCAUAGACAAAGUUAAAAGAUUGAGAAGUGCUCUUCUCCAUGUGGAAGAUGUUCUCCUUUAUUCCAAGAGACACAACAAAGGGACAAACCCAUGGGAGAAAGAGAAUGUUCCCCGGUGGCAGGGAGCUUUUAUACCCUGGGAUGGGGACAGAGGGAGAGGUCCACAGCCAAUGGGACACCAGUGAGGAGUGGUGAGGGGAGGGGUAACCCACGGGAGAGACCACCAGGGGAUACUGGAGUGGGUGAGGGGAAGGCCAUGUGAUGGGGAAAUGGGGUAACAAACCACGUGAUAUAACAUAAGCUAUGCAGUGCAAUAUAAAACUAUUCUGUGCAAAUUCCCAAUCACACAGUGCAAGAGAACAACUAAAACUAGUGUACCACAACAUUUGGGGAUGAGGGGCUACUGCAGGCCUGCCUGAGAGGGAUGGAGCUCCUUGCACCUUGCUUUUGUUGUGCAGUUCUUUCCAUGUGCCAUUGGAGCAUGCAGAGUUCAAGUGGCAGCUCUAUUGCAACCUCAGCCCACCCACAAGGCAUCUGCUGCCUGCAGGAGUGGGAAGCCAUGGGAUCCCUAGGUCAUGCAGACCCUCCUGCCACCGUCUGCCUCCCUUUGCACCAGCAAAAGGAGUGGAACCCUCCAUAGCUCACUUCCUUGGCUUCCUCAUCCUACCACCCAGGAGAACUGGGAUCACCCCAGCCCAGCUCCCUGCUUAACCAGCCAGGUAUUCACAUCCUGCAGUACUUUCCUAUCUUCCAGUGUCCCUAGCCUCACCACCAAGGUCACUUGGCUUGUGCAUGUGAGGCCUGGAGUCAUCUGCUUUCCUUGGAGAGGAGCUGAACCCACUCAGUGAUCUCUGCAUCUUGACAUGCAUGGUGAAACCCUGGUGAUGUAACUUCUGAACAGUGCACUCCAGCACUUGAUAUCUUUAUCAGGCUUCCCCAAAUCACUCAUAACUCAUCCAAACCACUCCUGGGAUAAAGCACUUUCCAGCACUUCCUGCAUUAUAAGGGCUUUCUUCAUCCUCCUUUCUUCUUGCUCAGCUGUUAAAAGUGUGACUGUGGCCAGCUGUCCUUUAUCACUAUCCGCUCACAGCACGAGGUGCUGAGUUUGGCUUGGAAAUCAGUGCUAGAAAGGCUGACUGGGCAAACUCAGCAGCAUGGUGAAAGGCGGUAGAAGAAGAGCUGUCUCACCUGCGGACAAACCCACCCACAAAGGAAGGAUGCCCAGCUCCAAACUUGCUGAGUUGUACCAAUGUGACCCAGAGGAGACGCAACCUCAAGAAGAAGAGGAACAAGUCACAUAACUUCACAAGGCCAGAACACAGUCUGAACCACUAGGUUUUGACAUGGACCUUGUCUAUAAGCAGUCUACAGCAGUCCAGCCCAGGUUUCACAGGGAAUUGGCAGUGAGAGAAAAUGUCUGCCUCCCAGCUCUUUGGAGAAAAAUCCUGGUUUCUGUAUUCAUGUCAUCUGCUUCUGUAGGAGAUGGAUACUGAAAAAUGAAAGCAUCCAGAGCUGAGGGGAAGGUGUACAUCCUUCCUGUAGGAUCUCAGCCAGAAGGGCUGGCUUUAUCUUCUCUGGGAAAGCCUUUUGCAGUGGCAGCACAGUUCAGGUGGACAUGGGAGAGGAGGAGCACAGCAGACUUGCACAAUAAUUUUGUUCUCGCUGUAUCCUUCCUUAACAACAGCCUGUGAGAGAAGCACACCUUCAGGGCCCUGCACUGAUGACGAAACCUGUGUGAGGAGCGAUCCCAACAAAGAACCUGGCUGCAGCUCAGUAGUGCAAUAAGUUGUUUUCUAGACUCCACAGUGUAUAUUUGGUUGUCAGAUAUGCUUGUUUUUGGCAGAUGACAUGGUUAAAUGGCUGGCUGUGGGACAAAGCAACCCAGGCAUUUCAAAGAAUUCACUUGUAGCCUAAUUUUGAAAUGUGAUUAAGAGCUGAGGAGUGCAGGAAAGGGACUGGACUGCAAAGUCCCUGGAUUCUUCCUGUCUGCAUUUGCAUGCUUAAACUGGGAUAUUGCAGCACCAAAUCUCCUGCUUGCACAGAGCCAUAAUAUAGGUGGAUUUUCCAUCCUCGUGAGAUCAGUGACUUUCAGCCUGUGCCCCUGUGAGUCAUUUGCAAAAUGGAGCUCUCAGUUGAGGCAGCCAAGGCAUUCAGGGGUCACUCUUGCAGCAAUAGAAAUUAUCUGGGAGGAGAAAACUCAUCUGGGGAGCAGGAAAGGUUUCCUUCCUGAGGGAUGUGGGUAUUACUUCCAUCCAUCCUUAAGCCAGACAACAAUUGUGGCCUCACUUUUCUAGCAAAACAAUUGCUGCUGCAGUGUCACUGAGAGGCAGUGAAGUGGUUUGUCAUCCCCAGCUGUCUUCAGACCCCACAGCGCAUGGCAAGCAUGGCCAUGGAGCUGGACAACUGCUGUCCCAUCUGCCUGAGCAGCUGGCAGGAGGCCAGCUAUGCACUGCUGUGGUUGCUCUGCUUCUGCUGAGUGAGCCUUCUGCAGUGGGCUGGGAGCAAGCCUGAGUGCCCCCUCUGCAAGAGGAGGGUGACCUCCAUCCUGUACUUGGUGUGGGAGGAUGACAUCUUUGAGGAGCAUGUCAUUCCACCCCUUGGGGCACCAUGGGACAUGUUCCACCUGAGAGCAGGAGGUCCCGGGUACCCAGCUGCUCCCAGUCCCCACACUCUGGCCAUCAGCGGGAUGACAGCCACCUCCAGUGGCUGAAGGCGAGUACAGCGACUGGAACUGCAAUAUGUGUGAAGUUGUACUCACUGAUGAAAGCUUUCAUUUUUAAAGGAAUUUAAGAAAAACCCAAAUGUAAACCAAAAAUAAUGGACAAAACUAUGCUCCACAUCGUUCUGCUGUGGGCACGUGAGGGGAGUAGAGAAGGAGAAAAACGAGAAGUUUUGCUACAGGUGCCCCCCAGUCAGCACAAUGGCCUGCAAGAACAGGCAUCUCUGCUGUUGGACAAUACCUUUUUCCUGACCCAGAGAGGGGGACAACUGAGAGGUGUUUUAAAAGCUUUUAUUCCAUUUUUAGUCUCAUGAAAAGAGUGAGACAAUACAGAUGUUAUAAUUCAUGCCAUCACAAUCAGCAGCUAACUAUUUCCUAAUUACAAUACACUAUAAGCAUUUCUUGGCCUAUCAACUUUUUGCCACACCAUGCUGUAGAUGCCUUAAAGCCAGUCAUCUAAAACUACCCCUCAUGGGUCCUACUACAAUGCAUCUUUCAUAGUUCUAUUUCUCCAAAGAUCUAGUCUUAUUUGCAAGGCUAUCCUUUGAAACCUUUUUCUAGCUCCAUUUCUCUCUCAACAAUAUCUGUCCUAUUCCAUGGAUUUCUAAGUCAGCAUUUCUUGUUUCGUAGUUUGCAUAUGGAUACGUACUGCGUGGGCUUUCUGUAAGGCCCUGACAACUCUAUAAAUCCAUUUCCCACACUUUGCAAUGGGCUCUGUUCAAGUGAUCUCCCCUGCAGGGAGCUGUGAUCAUGUAUCAAACUCACAGAAAAUCUGAUGCAUGCUCUCCUAAGCACUUAGCUGCCCCCAAUCUCCAUUGCCUUUUAGCACUAUCACACCUGAGAGCAGGACCUCCUGCUGCCUCUAGUUCCCACAGCACUGCAAUAGUCCUGCCAUCAGCCAUGUGGCCGCUGCCCUGGGGUCAGUGAGCAUCUCCUGCGCUACGUCUCAGCAUCCCUUCUCUACCUUGCUGUUCUCCACCACCUGCUGUCAUGGUUGCAUUGGGAGCUGGGGCAGCUCUUUAAGGAUGGUAGGAAGCAGCAACAGUGCAGUGCCUUGUCCCAUCCAGCCUGCACUACUUUGGCCCAAAUGAGGCUUUGUUCCAUCUUCUAUGGGCUUCCCUGCACAGGCACACAAGAAGCUUUGCCCACUGGCUUAUUGACACCAUCACAUACAGGCUCAGUGAGGAGACCCAACAUCAAAUGGGACUGGAGGUCAGCAGUGAAGCUGGAGAGUGGGAGGACAGCCCUCUAUGGUCUCUGGCCCUGAUGCCACCCAAGGGGGUCUCCCAGGCCAGCCUUCAUAGGGUCCCAGCAGCAAUUCCUACCCAUGGGGAGCAAGUAGGGGUCUGGAAGAACCCAGAGAAGGCUGUGGCUGGUUGUUCAUGUGCAGCUGAUCAAUGAAAGCUCACCUGGGGUGAGGUGAGCAAGCCUCCAAAGGGAGGGCCAGCAGCUCUGAAUACCCUUCCCAGACCCCCAGGAAAACAGCCCACCAUCUAGUGACAGGGUGAGAGGGCAUUAGGAUACAGCUAAAUCAGUCCAGGCUCCAGCUUGUGGUUGCAGCUUUCCAAAUCUAUUUAACAUUUAUUAAAAGAAAAUGAAAGCAUGAAAACUGCAGAAGAUGUUUGAGUGUUACUAACUAAUGCUGGUGGUGUUGCUUUCCCCACUUGUACUGUUUUCCUCCCCUUUCCUGGUUCUUUGACCAGUCAUUUCUCACAUGUUUCCUGAGCAUUAUAGGUUUGCAUUUCUGCAUUUGAUCCCAGGGCAGAUGUUUCCAGCCAGGGCACCUCCAUGGUCAGCCUGUGCCCCAGCACUCAACCUCUCAAGUUCUCUUCCUCAGCACACCCUGUGCCCCUCAUCCCGGGGCUCUGCUCUCCUACCAGCCUGCACUGCCCGCUGCAGCCUCACUACGGCAGUGCCCAAAUCCCUCCUCCUGCCCGGAGUCAGGACUUGCUGCUGCUCUCUGCGUCAGUCCAGGGUUGUACCCUGUCAAGGCAGAAGCACCAAGAAAUUCAGCAAGGGGGAGUACGAUGUCCUGUCCCUGCUUGCAGUGAAAGAGAGGUGGUCAUUGCAGGCUGUCUUCAAGACUUCAUCCUCUUUCACCCUCCGCUCAGAAAGGAGAGCCAGCUUAUUUUGACAAUGCUCACAGAAAAGUGCUUGGCAUUUGUUUAUUCUGCACUGUAUCUCUGGUCAUCCUUGCUCUUCUCACUCUUUAAAGUCUCUCAACAGGGGGAAAGCCAGAGACGCUUGUACAGAGAACUGCUGCGGAACUACAAUCGUCUGGAACGACCUGUAAUGAAUGACUCCCAACCACUUGUAGUGGAACUCCAGCUUUCCUUGCUGCAGAUAAUUGACGUGGAUGAGAAGAAUCAGGUGUUGAUCACCAAUGCUUGGCUGCAGAUGUCCUGGGUUGAUGUUUACUUAUCUUGGGAUCAAUAUGAAUACCCAGGAGUGCAGAACUUGCGAUUUCCUGCCGACCAGAUUUGGGUACCAGACAUUCUUCUGUAUAACAGUGCAGAUGAAAGAUUUGAUGCAACAUUUCACACAAAUGUGCUGGUGAACUACUCUGGAUCCUGCCAAUAUAUUCCUCCAGGCAUUUUGAAGAGCACAUGUUACAUUGAUGUCCGCUGGUUCCCCUUUGAUGUGCAGAAGUGUGAUUUGAAGUUUGGCUCCUGGACUCACAGUGGCUGGUUGAUUGACCUGCAGAUGCUCGAGGCUGAUAUUUCCAAUUACAUCUCAAAUGGAGAAUGGGAUUUAGUGGGUGUCCCAGGGAAGAGGAAUGAGAUGUACUAUGAAUGCUGCAAAGAACCAUACCCAGAUGUGACAUACACUAUCACCAUGCGUCGACGCACCCUCUACUAUGGCUUGAACUUACUCAUUCCCUGUGUUCUCAUAUCUGGCUUAGCACUGCUUGUAUUCCUUUUGCCAGCUGAUUCAGGGGAGAAGAUUUCUCUAGGUAUCACUGUCCUUCUUUCCCUGACUGUAUUCAUGCUACUCGUGGCUGAGAUCAUGCCUGCAACUUCUGACUCUGUCCCACUAAUAGCUCAGUAUUUCGCUAGCAUCAUGGUCAUCGUUGGUCUGUCUGUGGUGGUAACAGUGCUGGUUCUGCAGUUUCACCAUCAUGACCCCCAAGCAGGAAAGAUGCCCAAAUGGGUCCGUGUCAUCCUGCUGAAUUGGUGUGCUUGGUUUUUACGAAUGAAAAAACCUGGGGAAAACAUAAAGCCCCUGUCUUGCAAGUACAGCUAUUCCAAGCAGCAGCUGAGUGUAAACAGCAUGGAAGUGAAUGUCCUUCCUGGGCACCAGUCCAGCAACGGCAACACCAUCUACAGCUACCACGCCAUGGAGAGCCCAUGCUGCCCGCAGCAGAACGACGUGGGCAGCAAGGGCGGAAAGAUGACCUGCCCCUUAGCAGAAGAUAUUGAGCUUGUGCAAAAGAAAGCUUUAAUGGACACUCUUCCGGUGAUUGUGAAGAUCCUGGAGGAAGUCCAGUUCAUAGCAACGCGGUUCAGGAAACAAGAUGAGGGUGAAGAGAUCUGUAGUGAGUGGAAGUUCGCAGCUGCUGUCAUAGACAGAUUAUGUCUGGUUGCAUUUACCCUUUUUGCCAUCAUUUGCACAUUUACAAUACUCAUGUCUGCUCCAAAUUUUAUAGAAGCUGUUUCAAAGGAUUUUGCAUAACGUUUUCAAAGAUGAGCAUGAUAAUCAAAAAGGGAAUAUUGCCAGUAAUUUUACUAGAUAAUUUAACUCAAAUAGAGAAGUGUACUUAUAUGUGCUAACAUACACAGAAGGGGAUUAAAAUAAUUUCAGGACAUAAUUAUUCCUGAUGUUAGUGAUUGUAGUUACUGAAUAGUAAAUAUAUUGAGCUCCGUUACUUAUUUCAUAGACUAGUGACACAUGUAAUUAUGUCAUAAUCUGUGAUAAGUGAUAGACAAGAAUUCAAUACAUUACAAUACUAUAAUAUAUUUAUUACAAGUUAACACUAGUAUCAAUGUGUUACUUUGAAUUUGUGAACUUUUGGAUGUCGUUGAUUUAAAUGACCAUUGAAGACUAUAAUUGUUUUCAGUAUGUCUGCAUUUUAUAAUUAUUGUUUGGUGUGGCUGUGACAUGCAUUUCUCAGAUCUGAAAGAUGUAUCUCCACAGUCUCAUGAUGCUGUAUAUUGUACUUAUGAAAAUAAACUGUCAUCAUAUUAGCUCAAGCUAGCACAAUAACUGGAAUGCUUUCUUGGUAAAUUUGUUAAGACUGUAUCUUUCCCAGAAAAUCACUUUUGUUUGGGUUUAUUUUAUUUUUAUUUUAAUUAGGAAAUAUUGGUUGUGACAUUGGAAAGAAAACUGUUUCUCCUUGCUGACAAUCGUAUAUGUAAUUUACAAUGCUUGCUUAAUUGUUUCUGUUACCUUGAAAGUCUACUUAGUUUAAAAUAUCACUGCUCUCUUGGAACACGGUUGCCAACCUAAUACUGACUAACUCUGUACAAUUAGGGCAGAAUCUCGUGGCUCCAUAAUAUCUAAGAAAUGGUCCACAGAUUUAAUUUGGCUCAGAUUUUCUAGUUAGUCCAUACCACCAAAGAAGUAUUUUUUUGAAAAUUCUAUUAGUACAGUUUCCUUUCUACGUGGUCACUAGGCUUUGUUAAAAGAAGCAUAUAAAAGACUGAUUUUAUUUUGCUCAACUUUAAUGUAUCAAUGUUUAUUAUCAAUUUUCUGUCCCUAAAUAGUCUCUAAUAUAAUGUCUAUAUGUUAAUAAAACAUAAUUGAAUUAUGCCACUUCCUGGAAUAUAGGGGGAGAAAAGCACACUAUUCUCAAUAGCAGCUUUUUUCUACACAGUACUGUAGGUGGGAAUGACACCUUUGUUGCAUGAUUUUAUUUUCCCUGCUGAUCACAGCAGAGCUACAAAAGAACAUGGUUUGAUUUAGACACCUUUCCCCUUUGGAGUAACAUUUUCCUGAAUAUUUACUAGAAGAAAAUAACAAUCUAUUUUCUUCUCAGGCUGACUUUCAACAUCCUGUUCUUCCAGGGUUAGUAAAAAAUUAACAUUUCCCAUCUGCAUGAUGGGAUCCUUCACACCAUCAUCGUUGGAGAGAAUGAAUACAAUCAUGAUUUUACUUAAUGGGAAGUACUUCCAUCUAAAAUGGAUGGUGAAGCUGGUAGUUCUACAGAUUGAAGGAGUAUGCUACUUUUUCUUUAAGGAAAAGGUCCCUCAGCUUUUCCACUAUGGCCUCUAUUAGGUGUUUAUAACUGGCUUUAAACAGGGACUUUUCUGUUUUGAACAUUAAAUCUCUGUAGCAGUAAGAUUAGGUCAUCACAACCAUGGAUUUAUCAUACUUCUUGGAGCUGUGUUCAAAAAAGCACCUGAGGAGGUCAACCUAAGAAGGUCCUGACUACAGUGACCUGUUUUAUAUUUCACGUGGUUUUCCUGGUUACUUCAGCUCCAGGUGCAGCUCCAAGUAAUAACAGUGGUAAAAUCCCCUGCUGAAAAUUCUAUCCAUAUUUCAGGGAGAUCUCUUCUUCUUCAUAGGAGCACUAGUGCUCUAAGUAACUCUUUCCAAGCCUGCAGGAGAAAACUCCAGGAGAAAUACCUAGUUAUUUCUCCUGAGUACUUUGCUUCUUCUGCUUACAAAAUUGCCCUUGUUGAGGUACAGAGUGUAAUUCAGGAGGGUUUUUCCUAACAGAAAAACCUCAGUGAAAAGCAGAAUUAUUUGGGGGGUUUGGGUUAAUAAUAGCAGGCUUUUCUCUUGGACAGCAGCUGAAAUACUAUUUUCGUUUUUCUUCAAAAAAGUCUAAAUUUCAUUUUUCUUAAUUAAAAGUCUAAAUAUUCCAUUAUUUUUGCAACUUGCGAUGAAGGAUGCUAUAUGAACUGUGGAGCACUUGUUCAAGGACCACUAAUAUUUUUGCUUGAAAAGAAUUUUGGAAAGUAAUUUUCAGUGACAGGAUAAAAAAGGUAAAAGCUAAUGUUAAAGCACACAGUCAAAAUAACUUAGCAUCCUCAUGCAAAGCAUGGUUCCCUUACAUGAAAUGAGUUGUUGUAUAAGAGUAUUUUUAACUAGAUGCAUAGAUCUUAGGAUCAGAAUGAGGAUCUGAAAACAACAGUGAAAAAUUAGUUUAAAUAACUUUUUCAUAUACAAAAGUCAAUGCAAAUAAAAAAAAAUUCCUUUUAUAGGCCAUGACUUUGUACUGUUAGAUUGCCAAGACUGGAUUGUCUCUUAUAGAUAUGCCCUAAAACUCAAACUUCAAUUUACAAUUCUUUACAGUGGACUGAAACUACUUGCUGAUUACUUUUCCAGAUCACAUAUGAGGCAGAUCCUUUUGCUAUCCACUUGUCACUUGGCCUUCUGAAAGGUUAUAACAUUGUUACACAAAGUUUGUAGAACAAACUGUGUAAAAUAGAACAGAAAAAAUGGUUACUUUACAAAGAGAACAUUGCAGAAUAAAGUGUGAAUCAAUCCAAGAUUUUCCUGAGAAUUAUAGUACACUUGGAAAGAUUGAUACAUACUGAUUCACAGCCCUUUAUAGCAUCACCAGUUAGUGUCGUGGUGUAUUUAAUUCCAGAAGAAGGAAAAAUCUGAAAUUGAUUGCAAAAGUUAAAUGGCAACAAGAAACUAACCCACAAUAUCCUUUCCAAAAUCUGAGCACUUACAGAGAUGCUACACAAGGAGUGGUGACCUUACUGUCCCCUGAUAACACAGAGCGUGAUAGUAAAGGUCCUUUUGCACUUCAUCUUGUUGAGGAGCACCUUAUUUCCCAGAAAGCAUGAUAGGUUUCUGCUGUGAAGCUAUUCAGCAUAACAAGAUGAGAAUCUGCCCUGGUUUAUAUAUUAAACAUAAAGAACAAUUAAGAUAAUCAAACAUUAUCUUUAACUCUGACUAAUGAGUUAUCUUAACAUAUUUAGAUACACACAUGAAAAUCUGUGGUUACUUUGGUUUUGAUAGAUCAUUUUUGUCUUGCAAGUUUUCUAAUUUAUCUGCCACUAUGAGAAAUACAGCUGUGUAACUUCCAACAGCGAAUGUAAAGUAUUUCUAUAUUACAGUAAGGUUGCAUACUUCUUAAAUUUGAAAUUAACUUUUCAGUAUUGAUAUCAAUAAAGAAGUAGGGGAUCAUGAUCUAAACCCAUUAUUCUGAAUUACCAAGUGCCUAGGA